UGACUUUGUCAAUAAAUUGAAGUAGAGCAACUACAUUUUGUCUUAUGAACACUAUAGUUACACACAGUACGAUAUUACAGUCGAACUAAGCAGUACAUUAUAACAGUUGAAUAUUUUACCUGUACGAUACGAAAAAUGAUGAAUAUCAAGAUUAUUCUUUUACUUAGUCUAGCAGCGUAUGCUUUGUGUGGCGAUAAUCAAUUACCGGAAAAUGCUUCAGGUUCAGGUUCAGGUUCACCGCGACAGAAUACUUUCCAGGAAAUAUUUCAGAAUGCUGACGCUAAGGCUAUGAAAGAUGCGUUCGAUGAAGCUUUAUCAUUUCUCAAAAUUAACAAAAUUGAAAACAAUCCUAGUGAAAUUUCGUUGAAUAAUUUCUUAGUGUUUGCAAUUCAGGCCGAUAAAGAUGUUUACAAAAUCAUGAAAGGAUUAUGGGAAAAAAACCAAAAACCAGAAGAAUAUUAUAAUAGUUUAAAUUUUGAAAAAUUUGAAGAAGUUGUUAAACACAUUUGCGAAGUAAAAAAAAUAACCGUAGAAGAAUUCGCUGGAGAUAGAAAAAAGGAAGGGGAUGGAAGGAGAAACAUUUUAUCUAUGCGUUUGAACCAAUGGAGCGAUGGCGAUUGAUGACUUCUUAUCUUGCUAGUAUAAUAAUAAUAAGUUUAAAUUUUGGUUAAGCAUAUCAACGUUAAUACGCCUUAUACGGAGCCAGUUACGACAUAGAAGACUUUUUAUCUGAUUUGUAUAAUGUUUGAUUAUUAUACCUAAUAUGUUUAAAUUUUUCUAAAAACGUUU